AUGUAUAGAUCUCAUAAUAAUCACGACCAUCGCUCUCGUAAUGAUGGCUCCAAUGGACGAAUAGGCAAGCCAAGGGAUCAUAAACUGCAAGAUAAAUAUUUGGCGUAUCAACAAAACAUUGAACAACAAUUGGCAAGUCAGGAAAAGAAACAAGCCUAUAGAAGAAUCACUGAUCAUGGGAACAAUAUGGGACGAUGGUAUAUUGAGAAAUCAUUAGGGUUAACUAAUAGAUCGCAACAAGCUAUUGGAACGAUACGACCGGAAUCGUCAUAUUUAAUUGAUUUAUUGCCUUCAUUGGCAUAUAGCUCAUCAUUCAAUUUGAAUCGAAGAAAUAAUAAAAAUAAUUUGGCUGUGUUGGAUUUACAAACAAAAUUUGUUCACUUAUCUUCGAAUAAAGUCAAACAUACGAUAAACACUGUCAAAUGGACUCCUGAGGGGAGACGAUUAUUGGUUGCUUCACAUUCUGGAGAAUUUACAUUAUGGAAUGGGAUGACGUUUAAUUUCGAGACUAUUAUGCAAGCCCAUGAGUCUCCAAUUUUAACAAUGAAGUAUUCCAAUCAUGAUGAAUGGUUAUUGAGUGGUGAUCAGAAUGGUACAGUUAAGUACUGGCAACCUAAUUUUAAUAACGUUAAUAAUAUUUCUGCCCAUGCUAAUGGAGUUAGAGAUAUAGCUUUCUCGCCAAAUGAUCUGAAAUUCCUUACCUGUGGUGAUGAUUCAGCACUUAAAAUAUGGAAUUUUAAUAAUGGUAAAGAAGAAAGAACUUUGAGCGGACAUCAUUGGGAAGUGAAAAGUGCUGAUUGGCAUCCAAAUUUGGGUUUGAUUGUUAGUGGCUCAAAGGAUAAUUUAGUUAAAUUGUGGGACCCACGACUGGCUAAUUGUGUUUCUACAUUGCAUGGGUUUAAGCAUACGGUUAACAAAACAAGAUUCCAACCAAAUGGAACAGCAAGGUUGUUGGCUUCUGUAUCAAGAGAUCGAUCAUGUCGAAUCUUUGAUUUGCGUACCAUGAAAGAUAUGUUGGUUAUCAGAGAUUCCGAAACCGAUUUAUCAUGUGUUGCCUGGCAUCCUAUUCAUGCCUCAAUGGUCACCACUGCUGCCUAUAAUGGAUCUAUAAGCAACUUCUUGUUGGAUUCAUACAUUCCCGAUUCGAAUGAAUCUAUACCCAAAAGAAACAACAACGGGAAUAAUCUUUCCAAUACUAACAACACGAUUGAUGCCGUGCAGAAAAUCCCUUACGCUCAUGAAAAGGCAAUUCACGCAGUCGAAUACCAUCCAUUGGGUCAUUUGUUGUGUACAGCUGGUUCCGAUAAGACAGCCAGAUUCUGGUCUCGUGCUAGACCCAAUGACCCAAUGGCUUGGAAAGAUCCUGUUUAUACUGAUAGUAAAGCUGGUGCUUGGUAUUAUUCAGUUAAUAAUAAUGUCAAUGCGGUGAUGGAAGAUCCAAAUGCCGUGAAGGAUGAAGACGAUAAUACUGCUAAUGAUGACGAUGCAUUGUCCAAUUCUGGUCGUCGUCGUGGUGUUGGGGCUACAGGACUGUCUGGUGUUACUGAUGCUGUUCCUGGGUUGAGAUCACGAAACGAAACUUCCAACAAUGGUACGUACACAAUACCUGGGUUGCGUGGGUUUUAG